AAUAAAAUAAAUCAGUUUCAUCUUGCAAAAUGAACAGAGUGGUUCAAUGUUUGGUUUUCUUCAGUAUCCUUGGAAUAGGAUAUUCUUGGCAAUUUCCUAGGAAUGGAGACCAAACUUAUUGGGCUUUUAAUACUUGUCAAAGACAAACUACGGACAUUGAGUCUGUUAAAUUGUGGGAUCAAUGGUUAUUACCAAACAAUGCCGCAACACAUUGUUACAUCAAAUGUGUUUUUAUUCAUCUGGGAUUCUAUAAUGAACAGGAGAAAGCUAUUAACAUUGACGCGGUCAAAAAACAAUUUAAGAGUCGUGGCUUAGAAAUUCCUAAGGAUAUAAAAAGUUUGUCUGGUCGAACAGAUGGAUCUUGCAAAGCGUUGUAUGAAAAGACUAUACCAUUCUUCAAAAACAAUUUUCAAAAUUUGAGGAUUGCCUUCUAUGGAACAAGAGAAGAAUCAGAUAAGUGGUUCGCGAAACAUCCUGAAGUUAAACCAAAGCGAACAAGGGUUUCGGAAUUUUGUACUGCCGAAAAAGAAAAAGGAGAAACUAAGAAUUGCAGACGUGCAUGUAGUCUUUACUAUUACCGUUUUGUUGACGAAGACUAUCAACCAAUAUACUUUAGGAAAUUGGAUAUUGCUGGUAUCACAGAUAAACAAAUUAACGAUUGCAGAGAUAAGGCGAGAGAAAAAAAAGGAUGCAAAGUGGGUGACGCGUUGUAUAGAUGCUUAAGGCUUAUUAAUAAGCAGGGUUUAAUAGCAACUAUGGAAAGACUUGAUAUUGAAUCUUGGAAAUACUAAUUUUUUUGCAAACAAGUUUCAUUUGUGAACUGUAUAUGAAAUACAAUGUGUUGGAAAGCAAA